AUGACAGACAGUCGGCAGUGCAGGGUCAUUGUGUCCUUCCUCAGGGUCUGUGUUCUGCAAAUUGCCAUCAUUGCUGGGUGUAAGACCACCACCUCGGCUGUCCUUGUUCACUGCCUGCGCCAGAAGACAGAGGACGAGCUCCUGGAGACGACGCUGAAGAUGGUAGGUGCAUCCAUUCUCAUGGCCUCACAAGCUCCCACACUGCCCAGGGGAGCCAGUGUCCAGCUUUUCUCCCAGGAAGCUUCUCACCCACAUCCUCUGCCUUUGUCUUCACAGAAACUUUUCACUCUUGAUUUCCUUGGAGACCCCAGAGAGAACCAUCGCUUCCUGACCACUGUAGUUGAUGGAGUGCUGCUGCCAAAGACGCCUGAAGAGAUUCUAGCUGAAAAGACAUUCAACACUGUUCCCUACAUUAUCGGAUUCAACAAGCAAGAGUUUGGCUGGAGUUUUCCAAUGAUAAUGGGCUACCCGCUCUCUGAAGGCAAGCUGGACGAGAAGACGGCCACGUCACUCUUGUGGAAGUCCUACCCCAUGCUUAACAUCCCUGAGGAACUGACUCCAGUGGCCAUUGAGAAGUAUUUAGGAGGGACUGACGACCCUUUCAAAAAGAAAGAUUUGUUCCUGGAUUUGAUGGGAGAUGUGAUGUUUUGUGUCCCCUCUGUGACUGUGGCCCGUCUCCACAGAGAUGCUGGAGCCUCCACCUACAUGUAUGAGUUUGAGUAUCGCCCAAGCUUCUCAUCAGACCUGAGACCCAAGACGGUGAUAGGGGACCAUUCAGAUGAGGUCUUCUCAGUCUUCGGGGCCCCACUUCUAAAAGAUGGUGCCUCAGAAGAGGAGAUCAAACUCAGCAAGAUGAUGAUGAAAUUCUGGGCCAACUUUGCUCGCAAUGGGAACCCCAAUGGGGAGGGGCUGCCCCAUUGGCCGGCAUAUGACCAGAAGGAAGGCUACCUGCAGAUUGGCAUCACCACCCAGGCAGCCCAGAAGCUGAAAGAAAAGGAAGUUGCUUUCUGGACUGAACUCCUGGCCAAGGAGACAGCUGGGAAGCAACAACAGACAGAACACGUUGAGUUUUGAAUGGGCAGCCCAGCCAGCCUCAGAGGCCUAGGGGAACCCAGAUGGCCAGUUGGGGUAUUCUACAGAAGGUGUUUCUGGUCAAAGAGGCAUCUUAUGUGGAUGCUGGGGAAUUGUCUGGUGGGAGUGGGCAGAGGCCAGUGUGGGAAAAUUUCUGUAUCUGUGGCCUUAAUUUUGGGAAUAAAUAUUCUU